AUAUGAUCAAGUAUAUAGGCAUAAAUGAUAUAACUAAAUAGUAGAUAUGUAUAUAAAAUUCGGUGAAACCUCCCAAAAUUCACUUAGACGCUUCUAAGAAUUUGUGCACUAGUGAAAAAUAAGCAGUGAGAAUAAAUACAUACGUACAGAUAGCAGAAAACGUCGCGAAAAUUCCUAGGAAAACUUUACACAAUUUUUGCCUUUAAUAAGAAUUGGAUGAUUUUGGAAUUUUGAAAGCAAUUACAAUGAAUGUCUAUUUCAAAGCUGAAACGAAACCAGUAGGAUGGGUUUUGGAUCAACAGCAUCAAUCGUUAAUUCAAUAUUGUCGUUCACCAUUUGAGUUUCCAUCAACACAUUAUGAAUCGUAUCAAGAGAAUGGCACAAAAUAUCUUAAAAGUUUAAAGUCGAUAUCAGAUAGUCUUCAGGAGGAGUUAAAUGCAUGUACAGGCGAGAUUUUCCUCAGUGGAAUACCGCCUGAAAUUCCUGCGGAAGCUAUUGCCGAAAUAGCUGCUCUUGUAGGUGAAAUCUAUAUUCUGAGGUACAAAGUCACAUUCUCCGGGAACUCUCGAGGCUUUGCUUAUCUUCAAUAUAUUAACCCCACAAUCAUGCAACUGGCAAUUAUUCGCUUACCGGCUCUUUUUCGACAGCACUCACUACCCAUGAUUCGGGUCCGUCAAUCAAGAAACUCUUCAAAACUAUUACUGAAGAAAACGUAUUGCAUUUCACCGCAGAAUGUUUAUGAGAUGUUACGUAAUCUAAUAAAUUUUGAUAAAUUAGUUGGACGCGAAAUAUUCCCCAGCUAUUUCGAAUAUCAAAUAAUUUUUAAGUGUAACGAAGAGGCAGUUCAUGCGCGUCGCGAUCUCUUGCGCACCAUCUCCAAAUUUGGAAAAAAUGCCAUAGUGGUUUGGGAUACUAGCAGUGAAGAAACUGAUUCCACAAAAGGUUUUGUUAGAUACGAAAGCAGCAUCAAUACAGAAAAUGGAGACGCUACCUUUUUCCUCAAAGGAGACAAAUGUGCUGAUGCACUAAACGAUACUCGUAAUCAAUCACCACCAAGAUUUUCUAAAUAGGAACCCUGGAACUUGAAUGGUGUUGAUAAAAGAAAAGAUAUUCAUAAAAAAUCAUUUUUGAAAAGUACACGCAUGAAUAUAAGCCCCAUAUCAAAUCGAAAAUAUACCUUUGUAAAUAUAAAUGAAACUUAUUCCUCUGUUGUGAAUUAUGAGGAGUUUAAUAAAUAUCUUUGUACGACUUUUUUUUCUAAUUUACUAAA